AUGUCCACCUCUGGCAUUACCCUCUAUGACGUCCGCUCUACGGUGCCUCAGCCAUGGGCUCCGAAUAUCUGGCGUAUACGAUUUAUCCUGAAUUACAAACGCCUCCCCCACCGCACCGUCUGGCUCGACUUCCCCGAGGUCGAAUCCACCCUCCGCACGAUCGGUGCUCCUCCCUCCGCCCAAAAGUCCGACGGCCGCCCCGUCUACACCCUCCCCGUAAUAGUCGACACACUCCGAUCCCGGACCACGCCCGUCGUGCUCUCUAACGUCAACACGAUUGCCGAGUACCUCGAGGCGACGUACCCUGCGCGCUCCAUCUUCCCCGAAGGCUCGCGCGCCAUGCAGGCACUCUUCGUGCACUACGUGCAGGAGAUCUUCGCGCGUCCCCUCCUGCCGAUCCUCGUUCCGCUCACGCACCAGCGGCUGCCAGAACGCAGCCAGGCGCACUUCAGGUGCGGGGCGCCCGCAGUUGCGCCGGGCGCGCACCUCGGCGGCGUGGCGGCGGCACAGCACGACCAGGCGUGGCUUGCCGUGAAGGAGCAGUUCAACUUCCUCGCGUCUGUGCUGGACAAAAAUCAUUCCGACCGCAACGGCGUUGUCGCCAUGGGGCAAGAUAUCACCUAUGCCGAUUUCGCGCUGUGCGCCGUGCUGAUCUGGAUAGAGAAGGUCUCCCCGCAUGAUUGCUGGGCAAGAAUACGCGAGUGGAACGGAGGAAGAUGGGCGCGGCUGUACAGCCAGUGCCGCGAGUAUAUGGAUGUGUGCUAA